GGUCAAAAUAGUCAAAUUUGUUUCACUUUUUUAACUUAAGUUUUAACUCGAUAGCACACAUAUUUUACUUUUUGCCAUAAAAUCGUCAAUUGGGCCCAUUGUGGAGUGGUGCCAUUAGUACUGGCAACGUUUUUAAGCGAUACGGCAGCACUGCUUAGUAGUUGAUUUUAAUUUUAACACUAAACAUUCCGAAAAAAAACUGAAAAAUAACAGAUAAAAGUAUAUGCUUUUAAAUUGAAAUAAAUAUGUUUAUAUUGGCAAUAACUGGUGGCAUUGCCACAGGUAAGAGUACCGUGAGCAAGGUAUUUGAACGCAAUGGAGUACCUGUGAUUGAUGCUGACAAAAUAGCCAGAGAGAUUGUGGAACCAGGCCAACCUUGUUGGCACAAAAUUCGGGCCGUCUUUGGGGAUGAAGUUCUUUUGCCCAGUAAGGAGUUGAAUCGGGCGGCCUUGGGAAAAAUGAUAUUCGCGGAUAAGGAGCUGAGGGGCAAACUUAAUAAGAUAACUCAUCCGGUUAUACAUCGCACUAUAUUUUGGCGUGUGUGCAAGCUUCUAAUCACUGGACAACCUUGGAUAGUGCUCGAUUUGCCCUUGCUAUUUGAAACUGGUAUCCUGUUUGAUUUCAUACACAAAAUUGUCACAGUUUCCUGUGAUUCGGAGAAGCAAUUGCAACGCUUGAUUGCCCGUAAUGAACUAACCGAGUCAGAGGCACGCCAUCGUGUGGAUUCUCAAAUGCCUCUGGAGAAGAAAUGUGAAAAAUCGCAUUUUGUUAUUGACAAUAAUGGUUCAGUGAAGGAUACAGAAGAAUCCGCACUACGCAUCUUUAACAUGAUGCAAGAGUCUAAGCAGCAUUGGUUUAAUCGACUACGUUUCUUCGGAUUAAUUCUCAUGAUCGGAUUUAGCAUCUUUUUGAUUAGCCGAUUUUUUCUGAAUGGUGGUUGGCCAAAAUCAUGGAGCUUUUGAGCCAUAGAUAUUCAUUCCGUGGCCUACCCAAAGAUGUAUAAUCCUAUACAUGCGUUUCUGUCUAGUGUAUGUGCAAUUGUAACCAAAUUAAUGCUUGUAGUCAAAAUAGAAUUACACAAUAAACCAAUCGUAUUAAA